CUUUCAUUCUUAACAAGGCCUUAACAAAGAAAGAAGCGAUCUGAUUGGUUGCUAUGUGCAACUCAGCAACUUUUCCUCUGGACAGGUUUUAAUAAAUCUCCCCCUAUGUCCUUAAGGGGUUAAGCAUCGAGCUGCAGUCAAAGCAAUACACUAAGCUGCGGGUAAUCUUGCGGAGUGCAGCUGUCACUCAGCAGUUAAAAUCAUUUGCUACAUCAAAUACUAGAAAUUGUCAGUAAUGGCCUUGGGCUUAUGUGUAACCGGUCUUGGUGACGUCACAGUGACAAGUGCAUAGCCCAGCCUUCUACCUGACGUCAUGUGCUGGAGAAGUAACCCAACCCUACGGAAGGAAACAUGCCUCAUGAAACUAAACUGUACCAAGACAUCCCCGCAAGUCUCUGGCCGAUUGUAUACUCUACUGAUUAUAACAUCACCUUUAUUGGACUAGAGAAGCUUCAUCCCUUUGACUCUAGCAAAUGGGGGAAAAUUGUCAACUUUCUUAAAGAUGAGAAGCUAAUCACAGAUGACACUAUUGUGCCUGCUAAGGAAGCAAAAGAAGAGGAUCUCCUGGUUGUACAUACUAGAGGCUACUUAAAUAAAUUAAAGUGGUCCUUUGUAGUUGCCACCAUAACUGAGAUCCCACCACUGUUCCUGCUUCCCAACUUCUUAGUUCAAAGGAGAGUAUUGAAACCACUGAGAACACAGACAGGAGGCACCAUAAUGGCUGGAAAACUGGCAAUUGAAAGAGGAUGGGCGAUCAAUGUUGGUGGAGGCUUCCAUCAUUGCUCCAGUGACAAAGGUGGAGGAUUUUGUGCAUAUGCUGACAUAACAUUAGCUAUCAAGUUCUUAUUUGAGCGUGUUGAAGGUGUUUCCAAGGCAACUAUAAUAGACCUGGAUGCCCAUCAGGGCAAUGGGCAUGAAAAAGAUUUUAUGGAUGAUAAAAGGGUGUACAUAAUGGACAUGUACAAUCGGCACAUAUACCCUGGAGACACGUUUGCCAAGCGUGCGAUAAAGAGGAAAAUAGAGCUAGACUGGGGCACAGAAGACAAAGAAUAUUUGGAAAAAGUAGAAACUCAUGUAAAAGGGGCACUGAAUGAGGUCACUCCAGAUGUGAUCAUCUACAAUGCAGGGACAGAUAUUCUGGAUGGAGAUCCGCUCGGAGGACUCUCAAUUUCCCCUCAAGGAAUUAUAAAGAGGGAUGAAAUCGUGUUCAGCAUUGCCAGGAGGCGUUCCAUACCAAUUCUGAUGGUCACCUCAGGAGGAUACCAAAAGAGGACCGCACGGAUAAUAGCAGAUUCCAUACUAAAUUUGCACAACCUUGGCCUGAUUUCCAAUUCUCUCUCACAUGAACCCCGGUUAUGAACAUUGAUCUUCAAAGCUGAAAAGUUACUCGGUGUGUGGCAAUAAUUUACAUUUAACAGAAAUGUAAUAUGUGAAUCUAAAAUACUGUGUAUUUAUUUAGGUUGGAAAAAAAAUAUAGGAAAAUAUCUUGGUGGGGAGUUUACAAAGCACUACAGCCCCUAUUUUUUACUUAUUCAUUGGCAUCUUCUGACAUCACACAGCUGAGGCUUUAAGGCACUAUUCCUAACCUUUGUUCACAGAAUAUAGCCUAAAUGCCUAAUAGGUACGAUAUCACCAAUGAGACCCGCACUUAUCAGGUGAACUGAGAGUUUUGGAAAUAUUAAAAGGGUACUCCGGUGGAAAAAAAAAAUUCGAAUCAACUGGUUGCAGAACGUUAAACAGAUUUGUAAAUUAUUUCUAUUUAAA